CUCCCCUCUCCUCUCCUCUCCCUCCCGCGCUUCUUCUCCUCCCUCAGCACCCGCGCUCACGGCGCCCCCUGGCGGGCGCCGCGGCGAUACGCGCAUGCGCGGUGCGCCGGUCCGUUGCCAUAGCAGCGGGAGCCAACAGGGAGGCGCCGCCAUGAGCCCGCCCGAGGUGGAGCCGCUCGUGGGCCGCAAGUACGAGAUCAAAAGGCGCCUGGGCAAGGGGGCCUACGGCAUCGUCUGGAGAGCAACCGACCACCAGACAGGAGAAACAGUUGCUGUCAAAAAGAUUUUUGAUGCUUUCAGGAACAGAACAGAUGCUCAGAGAACAUUUCGAGAGAUUAUGUUCCUGCAGGAAUUUGGAGAACAUCCAAAUAUCAUCAAGCUGCUCGAUGUUAUCCCAGCAGAGAAUGACAAGGACAUCUACCUCAUCUUCGAGUCCAUGGAGACUGAUUUACAUGCUGUGAUUAAGAAGGGGAAUGUGCUGAAAGACAUCCACAAAUGUUACAUUCUCUACCAACUUCUGAAGGCAACUAAAUUCAUCCACUCAGGGAAUGUUAUUCACAGGGAUCAGAAGCCUUCCAACGUGCUGCUGGAUGGCCAGUGCUGUGUGAAGCUGUGUGACUUCGGGCUGGCCCGCUCCCUGUGCCAGCGGGGCGAGCCCCAGCCCAGCCCCGCGCUCACCGAGUACGUGGCCACGCGCUGGUACCGAGCGCCCGAGAUCCUGCUGGCCUCCCGCCGUUACACAAAGGGUGUGGACAUGUGGAGCAUUGGCUGUAUUCUUGGAGAGAUGCUGCUUGGAAAGCCUCUUUUUCCUGGAACAUCAACAAUGAACCAAAUAGAGCAGAUCCUGAGGGUCAUCCCUGCUCCAUCCCCAGAAGAUAUUUUGGCUCUGCAGUCAGAGUACAAGGCCUCAGUUAUUAAGCACAUGAGUUCCAGGCAGCGAGUAGCAUUUGAGGAGAUUUUCCCACCCUCCACUCCACUGCCUGCCUUGGAUCUGCUGAAGAAACUUCUGGUCUUUAACCCUGACAAACGGCUCACAGCAGAGGAGGCUCUGCAGCAUCCUUACGUGAGCAGAUUCCACUGUCCUUCCAGGGAGCCCUCUUUGGAUUUUGAUGUGAUCCUUCCUUUGGGUGAUGAUGUCCAGCUGUCUGUGGCAGAAUAUAGAAAUAAAUUAUAUGAGAUGAUCCUUGAAAAGAAGUCAAAGAACCUUCCAAAGGAGCAAGGGCAGAGAGAAAACAUUCAGCUGAGCCAGUCUGAGUCCAGCACACCUCUGCCAGGUUUCAGCUCAGUGGCACCCACCAGGAAAGACCAACAAGAGCCAGCACCCCCUCUGCUAAACCCUUCACAUGUGCACCCCGGAGCCACAGCUGGGGCCCAACCAGCAGGGUCCAGCCAGAGCAAGGAUUUGGCCAGAACUCUGGGUCAGAGAUCACAGAUUAGUGUGGUGAUGUACAACCCCAUCACACACACCACUGUGCAGAGAAAUGCAAAUCCUGGUGCUGGGAUCAGGAACUGUUCUGCACCACCUCAACAGUCCAGAAUCUCCAGCAAUGAGAAACUAGGGAGACAAAUCACAAAGCUCUCUCCUACAAGUGUGCAGAACCUUUACAAUAAUCCCAGAAACUCUCAGUGUCACAGCAAAGACGUUCAUCCCCCUCUGAAGCCCGGUAAAAAGAUGUUCCAGAUCACUGCAAAUGUGGGAGCUGCGGGUGAUCCAAGGGCAUCCAUGGGCAGCUACUCCCAGGCCUAUGGAACCAUCAGUAAAUCUGCACUGCAGAGCCUUCCAAUAGCAAAGGCCUCCAAAAACCCUGAGCAGUGACUGUGGAGAUAUUCCAGACAGGUGAAGGACAGCUCAUCCCUCAGCCCCUGACUGAGCAAGAGCAGCAGGGAAGAGCAAACUAUGAGGAAAUGCUUUAUUAACUGCUUAGGGCAAUGUCCUCCUCUCCUCUGGACAAGCUCAUAGGAAAGGGAAUCCCACUCCUCUGCCUUCCAGUCUCAGCAGGCAAGGACACAGCAUUUGCUCUCAUACCCUGAGAAGAGUGAAUGCUGUCACUUCACACUCCUUCUUUGAAUUACUGCAAAAACCACAGGAAACAGCAUUAUUCUGAUACUUGAGUGGUUUUUAGACAUACUCAGGGUACAGGGGAACCUCCUGAAGUUCAACAAGGCCUAGUGCAAGGCCAAGAAAAUGCUCUGAAGGCUUGAGUCCUUCAGCUCUGGAGAUAGGCUGGGAGGUGUCCAGACUGGAGGAAAGAAGGCUCCAGGAAGACCAAGAGCCCCUUCCAGUGCCUAAAGUGGCUCCAGCAGAGCUGGAGAGAGACUUUGGACAUGGGCCUGGAGUGACAGGACAAGGGGAAUGGCUUCCCACUGCCAGAGGACAGGGAUGGAUGGGGUGUUGGG